UCAUUGCUCGAGGAUCAAGGCUUUUCGACAGGAGGACGUCAACUCCCAGGGUGUGAUCACUCCGGAAGCUGAUAACACCCGGGAACAAAAAGCCGACAAGUGGACAAGCAAACCAGUAGGAGAUCUAAAACUACGCUUGCAAAGAUGGGGACCUUGAUCUAUUGGUUCACACUCUUGUCCCUUUUAGAUACAUCAAACGCAGCGGCUGGGCCUAACUGCUGCAAAUGUACGAAGGUUCAGAAAGACUUAGGGUGGUGAAAGGUAGAGGCUCCAUAUGCGUCUCUCAAGAGGGAGGGGGAGACGAAGUAGGGGAAUCUGAAUGCGAGGAUACUUGGACUCCUGUAGGAAAGGACGGCUACUGGAGAUGUUGGAGUGACUCAUCUGAUGUGUAUAAAAAUUGUGGUUGCGUAUGGCAACUCUUCAACUACAAUUUCCGAUGUUCCAUCCGGGGUAAGCAUACAUUUAAUUGGAAAAAUUGCUCAGUGCCCCUACGAAAAGGAUCCAAAAGGGGCACAUUAACUUUGGAUUUGAUAUAUUCCCGCUCCAGUAUCCCCCAUGAGUCCUGCGGCCUAUGGUGGAUUUGUGGGCAAUGGGCAUAUAGGCAACUUCCCUCCAAUUGGACUGGGACUUGUUAUUUAGGAACUCUGAUUCCCGGGGUUUGGUUAAAACAACCUACAGCCACAGGUAUUAAAACAAUACCUCCCAGUACCCACCGCGCAAAACGGAGCGCUGAUAAUUCCUUUGAGGCUAUAGCCAAAGGCGGGAACCAAAAAUGGGGUGACGAGGAAUGGCCAGCAGAAAGGAUUAUUCAGUACUAUGGUCCUGCGACCUGGGAACCAAACGUAGUCGGUAGGGAACCUACGUAUUUAACCAACCGCAUUGUUAGACUCCAAGCCGUCGUAGAGAUAGUUACCAAUAAAACAGCCGCAGCCCUACGCUUGAUCGGUGACCAGCUCACUCAGCUACGUACCACGGUACUACAAAACCGGUUAGCUCUUGACUAUCUACUGGCCAGUGAAGGAGGAGUGUGCAAAAAGUUGAAUUUGUCCGACUGUUGUGUUGAAAUAGACGAUAAUGGGGAGUUAAUAAAAGCUUUAGCAGAUGAUAUGGAAAAGGUGGCACACGUUCCAGUCCAAAAAUGGAACGGGUGGAGGAUGGAUUGGUUUUCAAACUGGUUACCCCAGCUUGGAUGGUUGAGGGGGGGGAUAGCAUGUUUUCUACUACUAAUAUCGGGGUGUGCUCUGCUUCCUUGCAUAUUACCCUGCAUGUAUUCCAUUGUAAAACAAACUGCUAAGAAUGUCGCCCAUCAUGAAAUGUUUGUGCGUUAUCAGGCGCUAGCUCUCGCUGAGGAGUAUCAAAAUCUGUAGAGAUAGAAAGCAUCUUUGAGGGGGGAAAU